ACCACAGUUGGCGCGCUUCACGAGAGUUGCGUUGCGAAUGUGCGACUGACGAUCAAGAAUAGGUCCAUUGAAGGUAUGAGCUUCUAGAAAUCGCAACCUUAUGUCCCUUUGGGAUAUCCAAGGCUUUAAGGAUGGUGCAGGAUGAUGUAACCUGUUCCAUAUCUCAAGGGAGCUGAAAGAGGGAGGAAGUAAAAGAAAACACGAGAGGCAGAGUAGCCAAUAUUCAUGUAGGAAUGUUUAAGGUAUGAUUACUCAGUCUAAUUUUCUUUUAUUAAAGUAUUUGUUAAGAAAGAGCAUUUUAAUAGGUUAAAGAAAAUAAGCUUUAGCAAGGUGUGAGUGGACAUACAACUGACAAAUGGAGGCGACUCGGAAAAGAGCUGAGAGUAUAAGAUUAUGUGUGAUUAUAUAAUAAAAUAUAGUGCUAGAAACAGUAUUGUGAUAUACAACUGGCUAUCUUCCUUUUAUUAUCGAAGCUAUUAGAGCCCCUUUCGUUUUUUUUUAAGGUUUUAUAGGGUCUUGAGUAGGCUUCGUAUAUUAGCGAAUUGUCUAGUUUGCUUGUAAUAGGAUUUCUGAGUAGGAAGUGAAACCAAUUUAACGUUCGUAACACGAUUUAAAGAGGUAUUUUGCGUGAUAAAUCAGCUUCAAUACCUUAAGUCCGUGACAUCCCACUAAACCAUAAGGAGCCGUAAUUAAACAAAAUGUUCUGCCCUACAGACAUGGGUGGAUUGAAGUUAUCUCCCCACCUUCAUGUUUGCUGGUCAGUAACGCCACUACAUCUACAGGUAGGGAUCCCCCAAUCGUGCCGAAACAUUAUCGACGCAAUGUCUAAAAUACAUUGCACAAACUUUCUCAUCCAGGUGUCCGUGCAACCAUCAAGCUUAUAGCAGAGCGGUUUUGCUAGCCUGAAAUGAAUAAAGACGUGAGGGAGUGGGCACGCUCCUGUGUAAGCUGCCAAAAAUCUAAGGUUAUCAGACACAAUAAAUGUCCCUUAGGCUCGUUUAAAACUCCCAAUGCUCGUUUUGACCAUGUUCAUCUGGAUUUGGUAGGACCUUUACCAGAUUCAAAUGGAUACGCUUACCUCUUAACCUGCGUAGACCGUUUCACUCGAUGGCCAGAAGCAGUACCUAUCAAGGACAUCACUGCUGAAACAGUGGCUCGCGCCUUCGUCAAACGAUGGGUAGCAAACUUCGGUUGCCCUUCAACCAUCACUACAGACCGCGGACGUCAGUUCGAAUCUGAACUUUUCCGUCGUCUGACCACACUUUUAGGAACCACUCGCUUCGAAACGACGGCCUACCACACACAAGCAAACGGGUUGGUAGAACGUUUUCACCGACAACCAAAAGCUUCACUAUCAGCUGCAAACGUUUCACAGUGGAUGGACGCUCUUCCACUCGUUUCACUAGGUAUCUGCAAUGCAGUGAAAGCUGACAUUGAGUACACUGCGGCUCAACUCGUUUAUGGAACGACAAUUCGACUUCUAGGAGAAUUCGUGGAUCCUUCGUCCUCUUCAAUGAACAUGGAUCUAACCUCCUACACGAACAGGCUUACAAACGCAAUGCGUUCAGUUAAACCUGCUUCCACUCGACCACAAUCAACCGAUGUUUUCGUUCAACCUGACUUACGAUAUAGUACACACGUUUUCGUUCGUCGAGACUCGUAUCGACGACCAUUCGAAUCAGCAUGCGAAGGACCCUUAAAAGUUCUUCAGCAUGAAUCUAAGUACUAUAUAGUCGAUAAGAACGGAAGAAACGAUAGCAUCAGCAUCGAUCGCUUAAAAGCAGCGUAUUUAGAAGGAAAUCCUAUUCACGGCUAUUUUCCUUCAGUACAAUCGCACAACACGACUCCUACACUCAUAAUUCCUCAACCGACAACCAACACUAGUGGUGAUACUCUGAAUGUAUCUGAAAAUAAACCUAAAACGAUGCGUUCUGGAAGAAGAGUAAGAUUUGCAAAACAUUUAAACGACUACUGCACGUAAGGCACUACUCGACAUUUUAUAUUAUCUCGAUUUUUCUUUUUACGAUAUAUAAUAUUUAAAAAAAUUUUAAUAUGCCUAUAUAUUUAUAUUUUUAUUCAAAAAAAAACAAAAACAAAAUUAUUUUUUUAACGCUAUUACGUGCUCGAGUUUAUUUUCCAUUUUUUGGGCCAACAUUGUGUUUUUACGCACGUACGAGUGUAUUUUGACAUGCACUUACACUUUCUUUUUUCUUUUCCAGGACGGCUGGAAAAGAACGAUGCAGUUUACUAGGAGCCGAAGUUUUCAUUGUACUUUUUCUUUUUUUACUAUGCUGUACCUCGGUCCCAUAUAGUAAGGAAAGACGACCAGACGCUGCUAGUAAGCUAUCAGAAGAGUGUUUACCAACGACAAACUCGUUGGGUUUAAACUUCUGGCUGGCCACGUCUUAGGGUCGUCACUGCCCCACUAAGGGGGGAGUGAUCUGUAGCGGUAAAUAAAUCCCCAAAAUAAAUAGCUCUAAGUUUUCGACAUUGGAUGCUGACCAUAUGUUUUAGUGGACUCAUCUAGCUGAAGGCGCUCGGUCAGGCAUCCGCACCAGAUCACGUGUGGCAACGCCGUGCUCAACAUCAACCGCAAUCGCUAGCCAGAUUAGAUCAGAGAAUUCCGAUAUAUUGGUAAUCGCCAAAUACACUCUUCCGAUCUCCUCG